AUGAAGUCCAUCGUCACCACCAUCAACAGACUCAACAAGAACAACAAGUCAUCAUCAAUUAUUUGUACAAUUCAAAGCAGAUGUUACUCUGAGGACGUUGCUAAAUCUCAAUUCAAGAUUUCACCUUCUCAAGCUGCUAGAAAUAAAUUUAUUGAAUAUAGAGCAAACAAUUUGGAAAAUUAUAUGGGAAUGGUUAAUUUUGUUCCUGAUGUUGCUCACAUUGGUCAAAGACGUUGCCAUAAUCAAGUCAUUCCACGUGAUGCUCCUGCUCAACUUUCUAAAUUAGGUUUGGAUUUGUACACUAGAGUUACUCCAAUCUUAACCUUCAUUAAAAAUGUUGCUUGGGAUAACAUGUGUUCUCAUGAUGUUGAAUUCGUUGAAGAAUGGGAAUGUUGUCAAAAACAAUACGAAAGAGACUCUUCUAAAUUGACUGCUGAAGAUAAGCAAAUUCUUGAUCCUAUCAUGAAUAGAGCUACAUUGUUGUGGAAUGUUGCAUUGCACGCUGAAAAUAUUUCUUCAAUUUUAGCUACUUUGGGUAUGAAGUACAGAAACACUUAUUCUUAUCCAGAUGAAGAUAAGGAUAUGAUUUUAGAUAUUACUGCUGAAUAUGUCGAAUUGCGUGACAAGCAUUGGGAAGAUCGUGAAAUCAGAGACAAGUUGGCCAAUUCUAUUUUCCAACGUUUGACUUUGUUGAAGCAAAAGAUUGUUUUGCCUGAACUUACUAUCAAAUUCCCAAAGCUCUUUGUUUAAAUUUCUUCUGACAUUUUAAGGGUAUUAAUAAUGUGUUUAAAGAGAUUGUAUUAAUAAAUUAUUUUGAAAAUUAAUG